AAUCUGACAGGGUGUACGUGUAUAUCCAGUGACAGCGAGAUGGCCACAGCUGUCCCAGGGAAGUGUCCCAGUCCAGGCUGCCAGGAGGCCUUCCUCACCUUCCUCUGUGUCAUCUGUGCCUGCUGCAUGAUCGGCUCUAUGGCUCAAACACCCUCCGUCAUCAUCCUCAUCAGGUAACACAACUUGCACUCACCUUACCACCAUGCUAAAACUUGCCCAGUAGAACCCAGUCAAAAUGUAGAGAGGGUUUACAUUACUCAGAGACAGCUCUCUCUUUCCUGUGUCUAACAAAUACUGUUGUCUCUUCUCUUCCUAGGACUGUGAGCCCUGAGCUGAAAUCAUAUGCUCUUGGAGUUUUGUUUCUCUUGCUGCGACUACUUGGUAAGUUACAGUACCGUUAUACUUGCAUCUGAACUAGUCAGGUUGCACUAUUACAUUAUUUUGUUUAUAAAUCAAACAUACUGAGGUUUCAGAUGCUACAGUUUGUUAACCAAUACUGGUGUGAUGUCAAGGAUACAGUAUUGAUUUCUCCAGCUGUAGAGAUGAAAAGCUUGUGCUGCUGCUCUAAUCCUCUCCUCACUUGUUUUGUAGGAUUCAUCCCCCCUCCUCUGAUCUUUGGUGCUGGGAUUGACUCAACAUGCCUUUUCUGGAGUACAGAGUGUGGGGAUAAGGGAGCCUGCCUGCUGUACGACAAUAUCGCCUACAGACAUCUGUACGUGAGCCUGGCCAUCGGUCUUAAGGUCACCGCCUUCAUUCUGUACACCACCACCUGGUACUGUUUACGCAAGAACUAUAAGAAAUACAUCAAAAAUCAUGAGGGCUAUACGACACCAACCGAACUGUUCCCCUCCAGUCUCACAAUGGACAACAUGAAGGAUGGGAGUCAGAACCCAAACAGGACAAAGUUUAUAUACAACCUAGAGGACCAUGAGUGGUGCGAAAAUAUGGAGUCGGUUUUAUAG